AUGAAGUUCUUCAUUGUUCUCUUGGCAGUUUUUGCCGUUGCUCUCGCCGAAACAGAGGAAGAGCAAGAAGCAUGGACCAAUUUCAAAGUUCAAUUCGGCAAACUUUUCUUGUCGCCCGGCAAAGAAAAGUCCCGUAAGAACGCUUUUCUCGACAAUUUCCGUGACAUGAAGCAACAUAACGAAGCUUACGAACGCGGCGAAUACAAGUACCCUAAGGCAAUUGGCCCAACUGCUGAUUUGACGACAGAAACUUUCUUAAAACGCUUCACGGGUGUCAAAGUACCCGAAGCCUUCGAAAAGGAAGUUGAGAUGCGUUCGCAUCAUCAUCACCAUCAUCAUCAUGACCAUCAUCAUGACGGACCAAAAGCCCCAGAAUUUCCCGCUUCGAUGGAUUUGCGCGGACAAGCUGGCGUCGCUCCCAUCAAGAAUCAAAACCCAUGCGGUUCAUGUUGGGCCUUCUCGACACUCGCUGCCGUCGAAUACGCUCAUUGGAAGAAAACUGGCGAAGUUAUUGACUUGUCUGAGCAGAAUUUGGUCGAUUGCGUUUAUAACAACUACGAUGGCUGUCAAGGCGGAUGGAUGGCAGAUUCGAUGAACUACAUCGAAAAAAAUUCAAUUGCUACUGAAGCUGACUAUCCAUAUGCUCGUGCCAAACAUUCAGGUCCAUGCAAAGCUGACAAAGUCAGAAAACACCAUAUUAAGAUGAAGCCCGGCAAGGCAAACAUUAAAAUUGAGGAUAAUGACGAUGCGAUCAAAGACGCGUUGCACAAAUAUGGCGUUCUUGCGAUUUGCGUUGAUGUCCUUGAUUGGAACUUCUUGUACGGUUUCAAAGAUGUUUUCGUCCAUAAAAAUUACAACCAAGUUAAAUGCCAACAUGCCGUCAACUUGGUUGGUUAUAACACUGGUUAUUGGAUUGUCAAGAAUCAAUGGGGCACCGAUUGGGGUAACCAAGGUUACAUUUAUCUCGAUGCAAGACGUGACAAGACCACAAACAAGAAUAUGGGAGGAUUUUUGACAAAUUAUGUUUGGGCAGCAAAUGUCGAUGCGAAACCCAAGCAUGAUCAUGAUCAUGAACAUCCUCAUCAUCAUUAA